AUGGCAAGGGACUGGCAGUCACUGAACGAAUAUACUCUGUUCUGCCGGGGCAGGCUGGCCAACCCCUACCCCCUCUACCAUCAACUGCGUUCGGAAGACCCGGUCCACUGGAGCGAGCGGGCCAACAGUUGGAUUCUGACCCGCUACGACGAUGUCCGGUUUGCCCUGCAGCACGACCCGCGCCUCACGGCCGAGCGGCUCAGCUUGUUGCUGGCUCAACUGCCUCGGGAGGUUCAGGCGGAAGUGGAGCCCCUGCGACGGCUCCUCUCCACCUGGAUGCAGUACUACGACCCCCCCGACCACACCCGCCUGCGCUCCCUGGUCAACCGGGCCUUUACGCCGGGAACUCUGGAGCGCCUGCGGCCCCGAAUUGAGGCCAUCGCCGAGGAUCUUCUGGAGGCGGUCCGGGCCAAAGGACGUCUGGACGUGAUCUCUGAAUUCGCCUACCCGCUGCGGCCAUCGCGAUUGCCGAGCUGCUGGGGGUGCCCCCCGAGGACCGGGACCGGUUCAAGCGCUGGGCCGACGACCUGA